AUAAUGUCAAAAAAGCACGUUGGCCGCGUAUGUUUAAGUAUAAAAAUGGUGUUUGGUAUUUAAUUCUUAAAUUUCAGUUUAAAUAAAAACCAAUUAAUAUAAAAUAUUAUUUAUUUCAAAAAUGUCUACAACAACAAAGGAAUUCUAUUCUAAUGAUAUUGUAUAUCGUUUCGAUAAAAAGAAAAGGAUUAAUUUUGGUGUCGUAGUUGAUAGUUGGGAGGGCUCCACAGAUUCGGAUGACUCCAGCCCCUUGCUUAAGGGGCAAGUGCGAGUGUGGUGGUUCAACAGUUCUAGAGAAACCGUAUCAAAGCAGAGCAAAAUUCGUCUUUUAAGUCGAAGUAUUAUUCCAGGAGACAUAGUAUGUAGAUCGAAUGGCAAUAACUUGCGAAAGGGGUACUGCAGGGAAUCCAAGCAAUAUGCAACUGUACAAAUUGUUGGCACAGAUAAAAUUAUUGAGAAAGUUCCAAGCAAUAGACUUCCCACACUUGCACAUUAUGAAAAUAAUGAUGCUGUAUGCUUGGGCAAUAAAUUUGGUCGAAUUCAGAAUGUUGAUGAAAAAAUCACAAUGCAUGCAAAAUGUGGAUCAACUGUGACAAUAUUUGCUAGUCUUAAUCAUGAGAUAGAAGAUUACUGGUUAACAAGACGUCAUAGAGGAUAUUAUGAGCAUUUUUAUGCUGGGCAAGAAGUGACCUGCACACCAAAUAAUUUAAUACAGCCUGUUUGGUUGAAUCGCACAAAAGUAAUGAAAGCCAGCAUGCAAAAGAGGCAAAGGUUCACCAUACAAAGUGUUGAACCCACUGACAUAGAAGUUGCCUGGUAUGACAAUGAUUCCAUGUCAAAUGUAAACAUGAGCAAUAUAAAGAAAGAUGAUAUUAAAAAUUUAAAAGUUGUGGAACCUGUUGAAAAGGCCCAUUUAGUUGAUUUAGCAGAACGCAGAAUGUUAAAAUUAAGUUCUUCAGAUGUAUUACUUAAGAAAAAAGACUGGGUUAAAAAGCAAUGGUCUUUAUAUCAACCUGAAUAUUUUAAAAAUGUCAAUUCCAAAGUAGCAAAUCCAAAUACGCAUCAUAAAAAAAAAGGGAGUAAAUCAAAAAUUCGUCGCCCUUCCCUUGUUUCUUCAAUUUCAAGGGAAAGUGCUCCAGAAGAAAAUGAUGAAGGAUGGUGGACUGACGAAGUUGAAGAAGAAAUUUCCGAAAACGCUAGUGUCUCUAGUAAUAUGUCUGGGGGUCCCUUAAAAACGCGUCAUUUUCCUCCAAAAUCUAAAGAACUUGUACCAGGAAGUACACUUGCAGUUGAAGUACUUUGUAUGGACUCGAAGGCAACAGUUGUUUGGCAAGAUGGGACUGAAGAAAGGGAUAUUCCCACUACCCAAUUAAAUUAUUCAAUCUCACUGGAUGAUCAUGAAUUCUACCCAGGUGAAUGGGUGGUAGAAGAAGGAAAAUCAGAGACUUUGUAUGGUGUUGUGCAAUCCGUUGAUCACACCGAAAGAACUGCAAAAGUAAAAUGGUUUACACGUAUUGGUCAAGAAGACACCCAUGCUGUAACCAGUGAAAAGAGUGUGUAUGAUUUAAAAAAACAUUCAAAAUUCAUUUUCCGUCCAGGAAGCAUAGUUAAGAAAGUGCCUGUGGAGCCUGAAAAGCUUGGAUAUGUAAUAGACAGCUAUCCAGAAGGCAGUGUAGGAGUUCAGUGGAUUGAUGGAACAAUAGAAAGUUGUUCUCCAUACAGUAUUGAGCUCAUUCCCGAAACAAUCGAAUAUGAAAUUUCCUUAGAGGAUAACGAUAGCGUACAAGUGAUUUCAUGGGAAACAGAAAGUAUAGAAUCUGUAGCUGGAGACAUGACUGACGAAACCACUUUACAAAAUAUGGCAGCACGUUUGGACUUUGUUAGAGGACGAGUUAUUUAUUUGAAAGAGGUUUUUGGCAUGCACACAAUCGAAGAGAAUUUUUCUCACUUAAAAGAACUGUUAACAGUAUACGACAAUUGUAGUUACUUAGAUAAGUUAUUGGAAACUUCGUUUUUCAGCUUAAAAAGUAAACAUUUCCAGAUUUUACUGAGCCAAGUAAAGGAAAAAGCUAAGUCUUUUGGAGUAGAAUUGCGAGGAAGAUUGUUUUCAAAUACUGAAUCUAUGUGCCAUACAUUCAAAUCCAAAAAUCCAGAAAAAGAAAACAUAAAUAAACUUGUUAAGCUUGAACAUAAAAUUCAAACUCAAAUAGGAAACACCAAAGAAAGUGAAGAAUCAACAGCACCUCAGACUCCUGAAACUGAACUUUCAACCCCCCUACAAGGUAAUAUUUGCAUCGAAUUGUUAUCUAUGAUAAAAGUACGUAUGGAUUUGGCCUAUGCUGAAAUAAUAUCAAGAAUAGGUAGUCCACAGGCCUUUUCUGUUAUGACAAAUGCGUCUGAAAAGGCUGCCACUCCAUCUACAGUUACCCCCAUGCCUAGUAUGCCCGUCACCCCUGACGAGUCCUUCUGCAUAUUUAGCUCACCAAAACUUGACAAGUCUGUGAUAACCAAGUACGAGAAUGAACCCUAUGUCAUAAUCGAAGAAGUACCCACAUCCCAUCAUUUUGCUUCUACCAAAUUUGAACCAUGGGACAAAGCAAAGUUUUAUAGAGCAGUUCAAAAAGAAUAUAAAUUACUUAAAGAGUCUUUACCCCCAGGCGUUUGGGUACGAUCUUAUCAAAAUAGAUUGGAUUUAUUGUCUGUACUGAUUGUUGGACCUGCCAGGACUCCCUAUGAAGAUGGUCUGUUCAUGUUUGAUGUUCAAUUGAGUCCUGAUUAUCCCAGAUCGCCUCCUGUUGUUCAUUACGUCAGUUACAGUUCAGAAAGACUCAACCCAAACUUAUAUGUUGAAGGAAAAGUGUGUGUCUCUUUAUUGGGAACGUGGAUGGGUCGUGGGACUGAAGUGUGGGGUCCCAACAGCACUCUUUUGCAAUUAAUUGUUUCUAUACAGGGUUUAAUUCUCGUAUCUGAGCCUUUUUACAACGAAGCAGGGUAUGAAAAAAUGGUUGAAUCUCAGCAAGGACAGGAAAACUCACGCAAUUAUAAUGAACUUGUGAUUCUUAAACUGGUACAGUCCAUGACAGAAAUGCUUCUGCAUCCUCCGGAAGUGUUCAAACAGGAAGUGAUUACACAUUUUUCUAAAAAUGGUGAUAAACUGGUAAGAAGACUACAGAACUGGUGCGAUGACAAUUGUACUUCUAAACCUGAAUUUUCGUUACUUCCGGUCAGCCGGGGGCUUAAAUUGUCUCUCAACACAGCAUUAUCAAGUUUUGAAGAUGUGCUAAAGGACAUACAACAGGAAACUAAUGCGAACAAACAAAAAUAGUAAGAAAUUAGCUUAUAUUUAUAGCAAAUUGUUGAUAUGGGACUGUUAAGGAAACUUUGUAUCAAAUAAUAUUAAAAUUCCUGUUUUUAGAGUAGUAUACCUUUA